GCUGGAGUCAGAGCCGGCCAGCUUUACCGCGGUAAUAUAUCGGCAUAAAAUGUGACGAUGGAUAAUAGAGCCAAGCAAACAGUCUGGCCACGCCUACUCUGUAUAUUUUAACACAAAUAAGCCACGCCUUCUUUAAUUUGUCAUCAACAUGGCGGCGUACGGGAAUACGGGGCCAAGCAGGAAAAAUCUUUACGUCGUUUCUUUGGUUAUUUUCCUCCAGCUGUUGGUCAAUGGCUCCCAUGCCUUACCAGUGAACACAACAGUUCACGGGAUAAACAAAAAUGAAGGCAAUGCAUCCCAGAGUAUUGCCUCUUUAAACCAAGGAGGAGGUGCAGCCAACAUCUCAUCAGUUCAACAGAGCCCAUCAGCUGUACCUCCAGAUGACAAAAAAACAAUAACAGGAGUACCUCCAGAUGACAAAAAAACAAUAACAGGAGUACCUCCAGAUGACAAAGCAACUCCCACUGAACCAAAACUAAGUCCUCAGAGCAGGAAAGAUACAGUGACUGUAAUUGAUUCUUCUAUUGAUAAAACACCUGAUGCAACAAAAGCAAAACAAGCUUCGCCAACAGACAAGCCAACUCCUUCACAAGUUGCUUCACCACAACCAACCACACACCCUCCUGCAGAAGCUCCCACCUCCUCAGCCAAAAUUCCAGAACCAACUAAAACUGAACCAGAUGAUCUUAGCACGCUGAAUGCAUUCACCACAGCUAGCAUKGAUUCUGACCAGCUGCUAAUUAGUAAGCAACCCGUCAGUGAUAAGAUGGAUGAGAAUGACGAAAAUGAGAAUGACGAUUACAAUGACAAUGAAUUGCAGAGCGAWAAUGAUACAGAUUACAAUAAAAAUGAGCUGGACCAAAAGCAGCCGAUUAAUGAGGUGGAGGUGAAUCGUUACACUGAAGUUGACAAAUACAGCCCAGAACAGGAGGACUCCCACUUCUUCUUUCAUCUGAUUAUCGUGGCCUUCCUUGUGGCCAUUGUCUACAUCACUUACCACAACAAGAGGAAGAUCCUCUUCCUGGUGCAGAGCCGGCGAUGGAAAGAUGGUUUAUGUUCUCGUGACACGGUGGAGUAUCACCGCCUGAGCCAGAACGUCAAUGAGGCCAUGCCGUCCCUCAAGAUGACCCGAGACUAUAUUUUUUAAUCAGCUUUUCAGGAAAUGAGUUGUGUGUGUAAACUAAGCGAAGGGGCCCUUCUGCCUGAUCAAUUGCAUUAAAUUCUGUGCUUUGUUGCCAUUUUCUUUGAUUUCAUAGAUCUAUAGGAGAUAUGGGGAUGGUAUUUUUGGACUAUAAUUACAUUUAUUUUGGCCUUCCUGGUAUUAUUUUGCUUUUCAUAUUUAUAUUUAWUAUUUUAUUUGAUCAUAAAGCUUUUUUAUUGAGGUUACCUCAGCCUUACUGUCUCUUUAAGGGCUGUUUGUUUUUGUUAGUCUUUAAUGCUUAAAACAAGAAUAAUUAUAAUCUUUAGGUCAGAUUGUCAUUCCUUAUUGUUAUUUAGUCAUUUUUUUAUCAACCCACAAACAUUUUUUUACUUGAAUUUUCACUCACAAUUACAGAUUUUAUUUUUAAAACCCUUUUAGGCAAAAGUCAGCUUCAAGGACUGUUGAACUGAUUUUCACUACGUAUGUUUCUGGGGRCAUUUUAGCUGAAGAAACACGGUUGCCUGUUUGUAUUUGAGAACUAAAAUCAUUAAAUUGUUGCAGACUGGGCUGCACGCAGUAUACAGUUAUAUUGCUAGUAAUCUUAAGCUAACUGGUGGUCUUAACUGAUUAAGCAAUUUAAACACAGAUUGAUCCUGUGAAAAUAUAAAAUAAUAGAUUAUAAAUAACUACUAUUUCCAUAUGAUUAUUUCUUUAGAUCUCUAUCCUAACAGGUACUACAGCAGAUUUUCUGUCCUUUUUGUUUCUGACUUCAGUGAAGUUUCUGUCACAUUUUUGCAGAUUUUUGAAUUUUAUUUCCCAUUAGAUUUUUGCUCUCAUCAAUAAGUUUGCACCCACUGUAUGUCCACACGUAUAGUUUUGAUGCCAUAGAAUCUAAACAUGUUACGAGUCUUGUUUGGCGCUUUCAGGUGUCUUUGUGUGUCUCACACRUCUACAGUGUGUAGGCAAGUUUGCACUGUGCUGCUCAGUCAUGCUAGCUAAAAUAUGAGGGGACGUUUGACACUAAUGAUCAAUUUUGCGCCUGCAAUCAACUGUAGAAAGUGAACAAUUUUUUUGUCAGUAAAGCACAAAUUCUAUAAACACUUUUUAUGGUUUCUUGUGAUGUGCUCAGAUAACUUUUUAAAAAUUUUAUUACAGAUGUGAAAAAUGUUUACUGUUAAAAAUCACAUUCAGAAGGUAAAAGGAGCAGAAUUUUAUUGCAAAGGAGAAUUGGUGACAUUUUUUUGCUUGUUGCGCAAAUGUUUUAUUUAAAAAUUGACGUGUUGAUCUACAACUGAUCAACUUUUUUAAUCAACCAAAAUGAAGGUAGCUGCCACAGCUUGUCAAAAGAACAUACACAAGCAUAUGUAUAACUUAGUUUUACAGAUAUUGUGCUAACAUUUAAUGUAGUCACAGCUUGUGUCAUCUGUUGGUCUUCAUGGGAGACUUUAGUAUGAGCUGUGAAAACAACCACAAGGAGGCAGUGUGCACAUGCAAAUAAAUUCUGAAUCUCAGAUUAGUUUCCUUGAACAAAUUAAAUGUUGGAAGAGUGUCAGUGUGUGAGCGAUGUGGCAGAAAGCAGUUGUGUGUGUGAGACUGACUCAAGAACGGGAGAAAAGUCAUUUUGCACCUGCUUUUCUUCAUCCCKCUCGAGUGUCGUGCAAGUAUCAUAUCAAUGUAAUAAAGAAGGAUUUAAGCUGAAAAUCCUCCAAUAUUUCCUGUUUCUAGUGCUGCGCUGAGCUAACAAUGUUCUAUGACAUACUAAAUGGAGAAAUAUUGAGCAUCGGGUAUUGCUCAGCAUUUGAAAUGGACCUAAAAGCUGUAGAACUGUAUUGUGUGGGUUUUUUGUAAGCAGAAGCGAUGAUUGUAUAUAUUUGAAGUGGUCUUGCUUUAAUAAACAGCUGAUACUGUCUGAUCAGAAUCUAACAAA